AUGAAAGCCAUUCUUGGAUCUCAAGUUGCUUGGGACAUUGCAGACAAAGGAUAUACGAAACCCACCAUUGAGGAGACUCUGUCUCAAAAUGAAAAAGAUGUCUUGAUUAAGACAAGGAAGAAAGAUCAACAGGCCCUCACUCUCAUCCACCAAUGUCUGGAUGAUGGCAUGUUUGAGAAGGUGACUGAUGCAACCACCUCGAAGAAAGUUUGGGAGAUUUUACAAAAUUCUUUCCAAGGAGUUGAUAAGGUGAAGAAGGUAAAACUUCAAACUCUAAGGGCUGAUUUUGAAGUUUUAAAAAUAAAAGAAUCCAAAUCUAUUUUGGAUUUCUGGUCAAGAGUGAUGGCUGUUGUGAAUCAACUAAGAAGGUACCGGGAGGAAGUAGAUGAUGCAUCCUUCAAAGAUUUUGGAGGUGAAAAAAGUUACAGAGGAAAUAGACAAUGGAGAGGCCGUGGCUGCCAUGAAGGUCGUGGAAGAGAAAGGAGUUAUAUCAAUAAAUUCAACAAUGAAGAUAAAAACCACCAAAUAUUCAGAGGUCGUGGUCGUGGACAACGAAGAGGGAGAGAACGUGGAGCUUAUCAAGGUACCAAUGAAAUAAGGUAUGACAAAUCUAAAAUUGAGUGCUACAACUAUCAUAAAUUUGGAUAUUACUCUUGGAAAUGUUGUAGUAAUGUUGAAGAAAAAGCUAACCUUGUUGACAACAACAAAGACGAAGACGAGUCAACAUUGUUAAUGACACUCACAAAAGAUGAUACAGAUGAUUACAAUUCAUGGAAUCUUGAUAAUGAAGCAAGCACUCAUAUGUGUGGAUACGAAGCCAAGUUUGUGGAGAUCAAGAAGACGACGAGAGGUAAUGUAUCUUUUGGAGAUACCUCAAAGAUUCAAUUUGAAGAAAUAGGUAUGAUUUUGAUUCCUGUAAAAAUGGUGAUCACAAAUUGA